UCAAAAUAAACAUAUUCGACAUGAGUGCCCUCGAAAUUGAUUAUCCUUCCAAUGGCCGAAUCCGUGAUGACAACUCGGUUGAGAUUUUGGAUGAACCGCCGCCACGAAGGGGCCGAGGCCGGCCGAAGAAAAAAGUGAUAGCAGAACCAAAGCAAUCACGUGCUUCUACAACUACAAGCAAAAUAAUGAAAAGUGCCAUCAAAACUAAAGAUAUAGAUAAAAAUCCCAAUACACAAAACUUGAAGCUGCAUGUCGAGAAUGAAAAAGAUGGUCAAUCUGAAGAGACAGGAGAUCUUAAGCUGCCAAUAAUUCAACGUGCCAGACCAGAUAUGGAUGUUAUUAGAGAAGCAAAGAAGUUCAAGUCGAAAAAUCCCUCUUUUGUCAUAAAGAUUAAGCAAAUGCACCAAACAGGAUCACCAGCAAAUCUUCCAGUUUGUUUCUUCAGAAUGUACUUCGAGAACACCAAGGAGUAUGCAACUCUACGAGUUGGAAAGAAGCAGUGGCAUGCAACAUUGAUCUAUUAUCCAAAUAGGAAGAAUGCCCUUAUCUCUAAUUGGCGCUUGUUCGUUGAAGAAAAUAACUUAAAAGCCGGAGAUGUUUGUAUCUUUGAGCUCAUUAACAGACAAGGUCCAGAUCUUAAGGUUCAUAUUCGUCGAAGCCAUGAUUAGCAAAUGGCUUUGCUUACUUGUGUUGCAGAUCAAUGGAGUAUGUUCAGGGAUCAAGAGUUGUAACAGAGUCAUAGUUUUCAUCAUACUAAAUGGUUGCAUUGCAGCGUUAUCUCCUUACUACCAUAACUAGAAAUAUAUCUGCAUUGUAGAAACAAUACAUGUAGAAUUAUAUAUUGUCGGUAGUAUAAGAUGUUAUUUGGACAAAGUACCUAAUCAAAAGUUUCCCAACUACUUAUUUCAAAGCAAUUUAUGGUUUGGAUCCUAUUUCACUCAU